ACGCUCGGGCUCAGACUCUCCAAGACGCUCACUGAGCAUUGAGGGCGCGGACUCGGGAGUGGGUGAACGAAGAAGACCUGGAGGAGGACAACGAACAAGAAGAAGAAGAAGAAGAGAAGGAGGCGGAGGAGGAGUAGGAACAAGAAGAAGAAGAAGAAGCCAUCGCGCGUCUCUACUAGCCACGUCCCACGUCCUCGAGGGUGAGACCGAGUGUUGGUCGUGGCAUUCGAGGUGGUGGAGCCGUAGAUCUUCAUCGUCGCCGAGAAUCGGGGCCAUCUCCCAACGCCGAUGAAGCUCGGUACCAGAUGACAGGGCCAGGAUGAUCACCGAGUCUCCUACUACUCUUUCCAACACUGGACAUUGGCUGGACAUUGGCCAUGAGGUCUUCCUGGAGUUUUCCUAAGGUGAAAGGAGGAGAAGAAGUGAAGAAGUUGCGCCGAGUCCCUCCGCAAGAGAACAAGCGGCAGAAAAUGAACAAAAUGUGACCGGGAGUUGUUGCGACUUGUGCGUGAAACUUUGUGAUCCCAAUUUUCAACAUUCACGUGUUUAAACCUAACAGAAAGAUACAUUCAGAUAUGUUAGCAGACUUGUCCGGAACCAGUGGCGUGUUGCCCAUGGCAUGGCCACAUCUCCUGGGCUUGGACAUGACCACUGUGGUAUGCAGUUGGUACGGUUUCACCAACUACUACCAACAACAUCUUUUGCCCAUGGACUUUGAACAGCCCAAAGCCAAACGACGCAAACUGGACAUUGGUGCGACUGGUUCGAGCUCCGCUCAUCUUAGUGCCAGCAAUAGUGCUUCAGAGGUCACGCGGUUAAAGCGCCGAGGUCAGGUCACGUUCAAGCCCUACAAUGACACUUCUGACCACGGGUCACUGCUCCUCCACGGACGGAGACGUGGGUCAUCGGUGCUCGGGGAGUGCCCCAAUGAGCUGAGUCGGGGCGGUGCUUUGAAGCGCAAACACGGCGAGGCCAUUUCGGUGGACCCUCGGCGCGGGGAAAACGCCAAGGAUUGGGCGCACAACAAGAAAUGCCAGGAGGCGGAACUCCCCAAGGGGACCACUAUUGGCAACCUGUUCCCAGAGAUUCUCUCCAAUAUCUUCCAAUACGUGGAUGUCAAGACCAAAGGUCGUUGCGCACGGGUAUGCAAGACAUGGCGGGAUGCCGUGUAUAGGAAAUCCGUUUGGAGGAAAGUGGAGGCCAGAAUCCAUAUCGGGAAAGCCAAUCCAUACCUUUAUCCUAGUUUAGUGCAAAGAGGAAUUACUCGUGUCCAAGUGCUAAGUCUCCGGAAAUCCCUGCGAGAAUUGAUCAAUGGGAUCCCAAAUCUGGAGAGCUUAAAUCUGUCGGGCUGUUACAAUCUGACGGACACUGCCCUGGACGGGGCCUUUAACAAAGAUGUGCCAUGUCUCAAGGCGCUCAACCUCAGCCUGUGCAAAGAGAUCAGCGACAACAGCAUCGGACGGAUUGCGACUCAUUGCAAGAACUUGGAAGUACUAGAUCUCGGGGGUUGUGCCAAGAUCACCAAUACCGGUCUUCUCCUCAUUUCUUGGGGACUCCGUCGCAUUCGUAAGUUGAACCUAAGAUCUUGUCGGCUCAUCUCCGACAUAGGCAUUGGUCAUUUGGCGGGUAUUGAUGAUGAAGCCUGCCAAGCAUCCAGCAACUUGGAGGAGAUAAUCCUCCAAGAUUGUCAGAAGUUAACAGACGAAUCCCUCCGCCACAUUGCGGAGGGCUUGGCUCGAGUUCAAAGGAUCAACUUGAGCUUUUGUGUCAGUGUGACGGACACUGGUUUGAAAUCCUUGUCCCGCCUCUCCUCACUUGAAGGCUUGAACCUACGCUCUUGUGAUAACGUGUCAGAUAUUGGCAUUGGGUUUCUCGCCGAGGACGCCCAGGCUCUCAAGUGCUUGGAUGUGUCCUUCUGCACCAACGUGACCGAUGCCGCCAUGAAGCACAUCGCGGUGGGCAUGACGGGACUGCAAUCGCUUUCCAUGACCACGUGUACAAUCAGUGAUUCCGGACUCAAGAGGCUCUCCGAAGCGUUGAAAAGUCUGGAGGAUUUGAACAUUGGCCAAUGUGUGUCCCUCACGGAUGAGGGCCUUGUUCACGUGACAGAAAACAUGAAGAGCCUGCGCUCCCUUGAUCUCUACGGUUGUCCGAAGGUGACCAAUACCUCGGUAGACAAAAUUAGGAAAAUGCCAAAAAUGACGCGACUCAACUUGGAGCUUUAAACUGAGCUCAGCGAAGGGUAAAGGCGCAGAGAACUUGGAUGCCGUUUGAUCCUUUCAUCUUGAGAGGACUCACUCUCCGACUCACUCUUCGACUCACUCACUCGUUCUCUCUCUCUCUAUCUGGAUGUGGACGAGGUCCUCGCUUGGCAAUUAUGUUCUCCUUUGAUUGUUUUGAUGUUGCAAACUUCAUGAUCUCAGACUGUGAUGAUGCAAGACAAAAGAAAGAGGAUUUCGUGUUUUUUCCCAAUGAGAAACUGUCAUUUGUUUCCUCACUCACACACCCACACACCCAUACACACUUUGUCUUGAAGUUUUCUGUUCUCGAUAUAUUAUCCUAAUAAAGACAUGAACUAUUCCAAUUCGAA